AUGUCGCUGUCGCUGUCGCUGCUGCCGCCGGUCCCGCCGCUAAUCGCUCGCCAGUUCCUCUCCGGGCGGCUCCGCUCGGCUCUGCUCAGCCCGGGGACUCCCCGUUACUGCACAAUAACAUCUGCAAAAAAGGAAGUUAAUGGGGUCCACCUCCAUUAUCAACAAACAGGAAAGGGAGAUCAAGCCCUCCUGCUGCUCCCUGGGGCAUUGGGAAGCAGUCAGACUGAUUUUGGACCUCAGCUUAAGUCUUUGAACAAGGAACGUUUCACGGUUGUUUCCUGGGACCCUCGAGGCUAUGGACACUCCAUCCCUCCGCAGCGAGAGUUUCCUUUGGAUUUCUAUCACACGGAUGCAAAAGAUGCUGUGGAUUUAAUGCAGGCACUGCACUUCCGGAAAUUUUCCCUUCUGGGUUGGAGUGAUGGUGGAAUAACAGCUCUAAUUGCAGCCUCGAAACACCCCAGCCUGGUUCCCACUGUGUGGGGCGCAACUGCCUUUGUUACUCAGGCAGACUUAAAACUUUACAACGGGGAGUCUGUUCGAGAUGUCUCACGGUGGAGUGAAAACAUGAGAAAGCCCAUGUUGGAGAUGUAUGGGGCUGAAUAUCUUGCUAAAACCUGGGCUGCCUGCAUAGAUGGCAUCAGUGAAUUUCUAAAAGAAGCAGAUGGAAAUAUUUGUAAAGAUCUUCUUCCACAAAUCAAAUGUCCUACACUCAUAGUUCAUGGAGAGAAAGACCCUCUGGUGCCAAGAUAUCAUGCAGACUACCUGCACAAGCAUAUCAAGGGCUCCAGACUGCACCUGAUGGCAGAAGGCAAACACAACUUACAUCUGCAGUUUGCUAAAGAAUUUAACAGAAUUGUGGAAGAAUUUUUAAUGUCACAAGACUGAGCAGUUGUGUGUGAACGUUGACAUCUUAAUCUGAAGACAGUCACAUCUCUGUAACUGGAACAUUGUCAUU